AGCGCUAGCACACAGAGCUGGUCGUGUAGUAUCUACCACACAGACUUUACACACUACGUGCAGAGCCCUCACGAUGAACGCCUGUGGAAAAACGUUGAUAGCAGCUUGUCUGCUCCUGGCCAUUUUGCUGUCCGACGUGUCCGGCAUGCCUCAACGACGCGGUGGUGGUGUACUCUCCGGCCGCAGACGGAACAACGCCGUUCAGAGCGGGAAGAACGCAAAGGACGACGUUCUCAAGAAGGGCUGCAAAGGUGGUGUGGGACCCGCAGGCGCUCCUGGACUGACUGGCCCAGCUGGUCCUGCAGGAUUUGACGGACAAGACGGAGCCGACGGUGCACCCGGACCUCAAGGCCCCCAGGGACCCACUGGACCUAAGGGACCUCAAGGACUUCCCGGUCCCAAGGGCGACAAAGGACUGCGAGGACCCAAGGGAUCUAUCGACAAAGGCAUCAUCGACAAAUUGGACAAGCUCUCACACUCCCUGUACACCAUGCAGAGAUACAUGUACAUGCCAUACGGGGGUUAAGUCAUAGGUCAAAGGGUUACGAAGCGGUAGAACUCCGAAAUUAGAAAAGGAGAAAGAGAGAGAGAGGGAGAGAGAGAGAGACGGGGGGACGAGAUAGAGGUAGAGGGAGGACUCACAGUCUUCUCAGUUGUGUUGAGACGUCCAGAAAAGCGUGCGGCGACGGACAGGGAAUUCAUCGGGAUAGCUAGACUUGACAGACGAAACGUUUGCUCAUGUGUUAGAAUGGAAUAUUUUACUUAAUAAAGCCACCUGGUUUCCGAGACA